AUGUCUGCCAUGACAGGUACAAGAUCACCUACAUCCCCAUGGCCUUCGGAGUCCCAAAACCACCUACAGCUUGAAAGCUCUUCGACCCCGGCAGCUCUUUUCUCGUUGCGCGAUCCUCAUUCGUCCCCUCUGGGGCAAGGUAUCAGCUCACAUAAUGCGGUUUCAGAACGCUCGGGCCCCAAUUAUUUCUCUAUCAGCGUGGAAAGUCCUGGGAAUGCUAGGAGAAGUCGGGAAUCAUUACCCUACGCCCAACCCCAAAUGUCUAGUCCGAAAGCACAGCUUCUGUCCAAGAAUAAAGCAUUUGAGGACUAUGCGAGCCUGCCGAAAAGUGGAGCAGGGAUCGAUGAUGAACGCAGAGAAUCAGCGGUCUUCAAGCUCUCCUGGAACCCUAGUCUACAGAGACGAUGCCCAAUUCCUUCUCGACAGGAUGUUCCUCCAUUGCAACAGGCAUCUACACACGGAUGCACCAUUUCAACUGAGCGCUGCGCAGAGCUGCUUGAAUCUUCUUUCCGUGAUAUCAUGCUAUUGGAUGUGCGGCCAUAUGCGCAUUUCGCGAAAGGGACAAUUAAAGGGUCGUUGAACCUUUGUAUUCCGACAACCCUCCUCAAGCGUCCCUCCUUCGACACACAAAAAUUAGCAAACACAUUUACGAACGAGCUAGACAAGAGGAGCUUCGCAAGAUGGAGGAACUGUCGCUAUAUAGUGGUGUUUGAUGCUGCUACGUCUGACAUGAAGGAUGCAGGCCCGCUGACCAAUGUCCUAAAAAAAUUCACCGUGGAAGGCUGGGGAGGUGAGGGGUUAAUACUACUUGGUGGCUUCAAGGUCUUUGCAUCUCAGUUUCCAACUCUCAUCCGAGGACAACAGGCUCCAGUAUCCGAUUCAUCUGCGGGGAAGCCUUCUCGAAUGCAUAUCGAUCUUCCGUCGGUUGCCCCAGUUGUGGGUGGGUGUGCUCUGCCGGAGUCAUCUCAUGCUGCAAUUCCUUUUUUUGGGAACAUACGACAGCAUAUGGACCUCAUCGGCGGCGUCGGCCAGAUCCCUCUUCAAAUCCCGCACAAUAUGUCAGAAUCAAGGAGACGGUUACUCCCUUCUUGGCUACGUGAUGUGUCGGAGUUCACAGAUAAAGGCCGCAAAGUUUCAGAAAGAUUUUUAGGUCUUGAGAAAAAGGAGCUAGAACGUAUGAAAAAGGCGUUGUCUUACGAAACGUCCGCCGAUACCGCUACAAUCGGUGGUUCCUCGGAAAACUUUCGUGUCGCGGGGAUCGAAAAAGGCACAAAGAAUAGAUAUAACGACAUAUACCCAUUCGAGCAUUCCAGAGUUAAGUUGCAGAAUGUGUCACCCGGAGGCUGCGACUACGUGAACGCGAACCAUAUGAAAGCAGCUUAUAGUGGUAAAUCUUACAUAGCUACUCAGGCACCCGUACCUGAUACAUUCAAUGACUUCUGGCGCGUGGUCUGGGAACAGGAUGUAAGACUGGUUGUUUCGUUGACUGCAGAGGUAGAACGAGGCCAGGUCAAGUGCCACCCUUACUGGGAGUCCGGGACAUAUGGACCUUGCCAGGUCAACAAUUUUUCCCAGAAAUUCAUCUACUUGAAUUCGCAGGAUCCGCAGCCAACCGAUAUGGAGCUUGACAAGCCUGAUGAUCCCGGCAACCCUUACAUCAUUGUCAGACAUUUUGGGUUCUCGAAACAACUCUUCCACUUGCUAACCAAGUAUGCAUUUCGACAACUGUAUGGCUCCCAACAUCAUGCAAAUCGUGUGACAUUCGAUCUUGGGAACGAAGUGCUUGAUGCUAGAGCAUCCACAUUUGCAGGGUUCAACCACCACCAAAUCCUCGCUCUUGUCGCUCGCGGCCGGGGCAAAGUCCAUCUCUUUCACAUUGGAAGUGGUCAGAUCCGGCCUAUAGGCCAGAUAACUAUUCCCUGUGACCAACCGGGAGUAGUGGAAGUUCUCAAGACAGCCUUCGAUGGAGAUGGUGGGCUCUAUGUCCUUCAGCGGUUCAACCCAGCAGCGGAUAAUAUGGAUACGAACGCAAACCAUCCAUUUAUCAGACAAGCAAUGCGGUCUUAUAUCAACGGGAUGAUUUACCUAUCCCGUCACUCUCUCGGAUCUUCAGACGAACCUGUCCGGAUAUGUGCCUUCCCUGACCAUGCAAACUAUGAGCCUCUAGCGCUUGCAGCUGCGCACAGGGGUAGCUUUGCUAUUUCCUGGCAACACAUUCAUGAUUAUAGCGAACACGAAGUGGUGCUUUACACUUCUUCUGUCGAGACGAACAGUAGUAUGAAGGCAGGGGUCAUCGGGGACAGAAAUUCCCAUCCCAGAUUGACUCGGGACCGAUCCCUCCAUGAGAAAGGACCUGUAGUGGGACUUGCAUUCAAUGACAGAUGCAGCCAACUGCUCUAUCGCCACCGCGCACAAACUUUGUACGGUUCGUUUCAGAGAAUCGAUACGUCUCCUUUCCCAACUCGGCCUACAUUGUACGAGAAUUCAUGCCCCGUGCAGUUUACAGAUUCGUUGACUCUGUUAUUUUGCAUUGGAAUACCGUUCUAUGGAACACAUGAAACCCGGGUCCAGGAUGGUUUCGCCAGAUGUCACUGGAAAUACCUUUCUUUCGGGAUGGCCACCCACCGCGAAGAAGACUGGACUGUCGCUUGCCUCAUGAGAUCCAGCGCCGUCUGUCGGGCCAGUAACUGUGAGCAUGUACUACAUCUUGAGCGCGGACGGCGGUUACCGGAUUGGACAAUCGUGGCCCGUCUUUGGGGCUUCCAAAGUUCAGACACCUCCCUCGGUUGUAUAGUUGCUGCCUCCAGAUUAGGGACACGGAUUGCUGCCGCAAACUGGAAAACUGUUUAUGUCUGGGCAUUGGAGCCGAACGCGCUGAUUGAACAAAAUGCAACCGGAUUUUACCCGCCUUCGUCCUGGCCAAAACGCUCUGGGGUGAUCGAGUUGCGACCAGUAAUCCUCUCCCUCGACGCUGUCUGCUUCCAGCUGUACUUUGGUCGAGACGAAAAUGAAUUGAUCGCCAUUACAGACAGAGGUCUGAUGUACUAUGAUCUCAGCCCAUCAGGGGGGGGUCACAGAAUGGCCCAUCAACUGAGCAUCGAAACUCCCUCUCAGUCUGGAUAA